AUGAAACUUGGCGACCCCCCCUGUCUUAUUCUCUCUCUCAUUGUGCUUGAAAUGUUAGCAGCAGCAGGAAUUACAAAUCAUGAAGAAUAUUCUUUGGUGCGGGAGUUGGCGGAAGAAGAAAAAGAAAAAACGAUGACCUUAAAGAGGGACAAAUCCAUUGCAAAGGACCAGAAAAAACUUGAAGAAAUGCGAAGGAAACUGCACACUGAUGAUGACAUCAACUGGCUUGAUCAUUCCAAGACAUUACGAGAGCAAGGUAUUGAACAGAAUGAGAUCUUGCUACUUCGAAGGAAAUUCUUCUUCUCUGAUCAGAAUGUUGAUGCCAGGGACCCCGUUCAGCUCCAAUUGCUUUAUGUACAGUCUCGGGACGGUAUUAUUGAUGGGACACAUCCAGUGACACAAGCAGAAGCUAUGCAAUUUGCUGGAUUGCAAUGUCAAAUUCAGUUUGGAAAACAUGUGGAAAGCAAACACAAGCCAGGAUUUUUAGAGCUGAAGGAAUUUUUGCCAAAGGAAUAUGUCAAGGUGAAAGGAAUCGAGAAGAAAGUAUUUCAAGAUCUUGGUGAUUAUUCAAAUGAGUAUUACUCUGUACAAACUACUGAAGGAGAACAAAUUUCACAACUCAUCUCUGGAUAUAUUGAUAUUAUCAUGAGAAAGACUCAGACCGUUCAUGAGGUAGUGUUGAGUAAAGCUCAGAGAGCUCUGCUUACAACCAUUCAAGAGGGUCUGAGUAACAUUGAUGCGGCUAAAAUGGAACUGCAAAAGAAAGCACAGUUACCAGAACUUGGCUCAGAUGCUGUCGUUGCUCCGACUAUUAGUAGCCCAGCUUGCCGAGAGCAAUUGUUUGAUGCAUCAAAACAAGUGGCUACUUCAGUGGAUGGAAUUGUAGAAGCCUCUAAGUCGGCUGCUAAGCAGGCUACUGCUGCCUCCAUGCAGUUAAUCAGCUCUGCCAAUACUGCAGGAAAAACCAAUUCUAACUCCACCACUCAACAAAACUUAAUGUUUAAAUGUAAGGGUAAUGAAGAUGAUACCAGUCUUGCUGCAAGGGACACAACCCAUGCCCUUAGGAAAUUUGUUAGUUCUGUACGUGCUGUUGCAGCUACUACUGAUGACAAGAAUCUUCAAGAGCUUAUCAUCAACAAUGCUAGGGACAUCAUAGAGAAAUCCAAACAACUCUUAGAUGAAGCAAAGCAAGCUGUGAACACACCCAAAAAUCCAGAAGCAAAUCAAAGAUUGGCACAGAUUCCCCAAACAAACGCUUCUUACCAAGAGGCCCAGGCUGACAUGAAUAGUGCUGCUGUUAAUUUGAACCAAGCUGCCAGUGACAUUGUGACUUCAUCCCGAGGAACACCUCAACAGUUAGCGGCAUCAUCUAACCGCUAUGGCCAUGCCUACAAAAACUUUGUUGACAGUGGUUUGGUUAUGGCUGGAGUCACAAAGGACACCGAAACUCAGACUCAGAUUAUUGGUGGUCUCAAGAGUGUGUCCACCGUGUCUAGCAAGUUACUUGUCGUGGCAAAGUCUGUGUCAGCAGACCCUAAUGCUCCUAAUGCAAAGAAUUUACUUACACAGGCUGCCAGAGGAGUAACUGACAGUAUCAAUCAACUGAUUAACAUCUGCACUGUAUCUGCUCCUGGCCAGAAGGAGUGUGACAAUGCGCUUCGGCAAAUACAGACUCUUGGGGAUGCUAUGACUGGCAUAUCAAAUGAUGCAAAGAAAACAGAUAUUGACGGCUUCUGUGAAGCUGUGAAAAGUUUCUCUUCAUCUGUUAAUGGCUUGACUGAGGCUGCGGCACAGUCUGCUUAUCUGGUAGGAAUUGCAGAUCCUGCAUCAGAACCUGGACACCCUGGUCUGGUUGACCAGUCGCAAUUUGCAAGAGCGAAUCAGGCCAUCCAGACAGCUUGUCAGAAUCUGACGAAUCCUGCAAGUUCUCACCAAGAGAACUGCUCUAAAAAGUCUAUUGAUCCUCAAUUGAUUUCUCUUUCUCUUUACUUCUCUCCUUUCUCUCCCCCUUUCCCUUCUCUCUCUCUCCCUCCUUUCCCUUCUCUCUCUCUCCCUCCUUUCCCUUCUCUCUCUUUCCCCUUUCCCUUCUCUCUCUCUCCCCCCUUUCCCUUCUCUCUCUCCCCCUUCCCUUCUCUCUCUCUCCCCCCUUCCCUUCUCUCUCUCCCCCCUUCCCUUCUCUCUCUCCCCCCUUCCCUCUCUCUCUCUCCCCCUUCCCUUCUCUCUCCCCCUUCCCUUCUCUCUCUCUCCCCUUCCCUUCUCUCUCUCUCCCCCCUUCCUCUCUCUUCUCUCUCCUCCCCCCCCCUUCUCUCUCUCCCUCCUUCCCUCUCUCUCCCCCUUCCCCUUCUCUCUCUCCCCCCUUUCCAUUCUAUCUCCCCCCUUAUCAUUCUCUCCCCCCCAUUCUCUCUCUCUCCCCUUUUUCUCUCCCCUUCCUUUCUCUAUCUCUCCCCCUUUCCAUUCUCUCUCUCCCCCCCUUCGCCUCCCCCCAUCCCCUCUUUCUUAGACAGUGCUCCUGGUCAGAAGGAGUGUGAUGAAGCAAUCGAACAAAUCUACAAGUUUAUCAGAGAACUAGACCAGGCCUAUCUGUCUGCUAUCAGUCAAAAAAUGGAUGAUCGCAAUGAAAAGUCACUGCAAGGCUUCCAGGAGCAGAUGAUCCACUGCCUCCACCCUAUCAUUGAGAAUGUUGACAAUUUGAAAAAUGCUGGCAAAUCAGAAGCAACAAAUAUUGGACAUUUGACUGACUUAAGUGUUGAAGUCUCAGAGGGUGCUUCAUUUGUCGAUUUCCAGACCAAUAUGGUUCGCUUGGCCCGUCAAAUUGCAAGUUCAGCACAAGACAUGGUGUUGUUGAUAAAUGCUGUGAAAGACGUUGCAUCUGCUCUAGCCGAUCUCAUAAGUGCCACAAAGAAUGCAUCUGGCAAAAAUGUCUCGGAUCCUGCAAUGGUAAAUCUGAAGGAUUCGGCUAAGGUAAGAGAAAAACUCUAA